UUACGCACAAUGAAGCAGUCCACCAGCUUGAAGGUCCGGCUGCCCACGCUAGUGGUGGGGGUGGAGGUGGUCAUGCUCUUCCUGUACGCCGUCUUCGUCACGUACGACGACAACGCCGACGCUAAGAUGCAGACCAACGCCACGAAGCCCAUGGACAACGCGCUCUACCAGGACUACCACUUCUUCGCCGACGUGCAGGUGAUGAUCUUCGUGGGCUUCGGCUGCCUGCUGGCCUUCCUGCGGCUGUACGGCUUCAGCGGGAUGGUCUUCAACUUCCUGACGGCCACCUUCGCCAUCCAGUGGGCCAUCCUGGUGCAGGGCUACUUCCAGUUCUUCUCGGACGGCAAGAUCCGCCUGGGCGUGAUCAACCUGCUGAACGCCGAGUUCGCCUGCGCGGUGGUGCUCAUCUCCUUCGGCGCGGUGCUGGGCAAGACCAGCCCGGUGCAGCUGCUGGUCAUGGCCCUGCUGGAGGUGCCGGUGUUCUCCGUCACCGAGUGGGCGGUGCUCAAGUACAUCAAGAUCAACGACGCCGGGGGCUCCAUCCUCAUCCACCUCUUCGCCUGCUACUUCGGGCUGGCCGUCACCUUCGUGCUGUUCCGCCCCAGCCUGAACGACGGCCACGCCAAGGACAUCACCUCCUACCAGUCGGACAUCCUCUCGCUGAUGGGCACCCUGUUCCUCUGGGUGUUCUGGCCGUCCUUCAACUCGGCGCUCACCCUGAAGGGGGACGACCAGCACCGGGCCGUCCUGCACACCUUCAUCGGGCUCAGCUCGUCCACCCUCACCGCCUUCGCCCUCUCCGCCAUGCUCAACAAGAGGGGCAAGCUCACCCUGGCCGACAUCCAGAACGUCACGCUGGCCGGCGGGGUGACCGUGGGCGCCUCGGUGGACAUGAUGAUCUCGCCGGCGGCGGCGUUCGCGCUGGGCGUGAUGGGCUGCGUCGCCUGCAUGCUCGGCUACAAGUACCUCACGCCCUUCCUGGCCCGGCGCUUCCGCAUCCAGGACCAGUGCGGCAUCCACAACCUGCACGGGCUGACGGGCCUCAUCUCCUGCCUGGCUGGGAUCUGCGCCAUCCUCCUGGCCACGGAGGAGACCUACGGCCCCAGCCUGUACCAGACCUUCGCCUACCGCGCGCCCCCCGAGGGGGACCCCCGGCUGCUGGAGCUCCAGGCGCUCAUCCCGGGCCUCAAGCCGGGCCUGGGCCGGAGCGCCAAGCAGCAGGCCGUCUACCAGGUGGCGGCCAUUUUCUCCACCAUCUCGCUGGCGGUGCUGGGCGGCAUCGUCACGGGGUUCGUGCUGAAGCUGCCCUUCCUGGCCUCUCCAUCCGACGAAUGGUGCUACGACGACGAGGUCUUCUUCGAAGUGCCUUCUGACUUUGACACCGCGGACAUGCCCAAAGUUCUCAUCGACAAUCAGGAAAGCAAGGUUUGAGGCACCGCACGAUCCUGCCCGAAUUUCAGGACGUCACAGUGUCACCCGUGUGAAGGACAAUCACUAUGAAAAUGGCUUAUAAACCAAGGUUACCAUCUUAAGCUUCUGUGUCUAUGCAAGUAGACACAGCUGCAAUCUCGGGUGCAACAUACAUGAUAAUUAUAAUGGUGAGAAUAUUAACCCAUACUUUCAUAUACAUACUUUAAUUUGGUGAUUAUUUAUUUAUUUAUUGAACUUAUCAUAUUCUAACUAUGUUUUAUGACUAUUUAUAAACAUAAAUAUUUGAUAUUUCCAUGAUUUAUUAACAAGAACAUGUGGCAGGAAUAACAUAAAGCCAUGUCCAAACGAAUCCAGUGACACACGUAGGCUUUCUUUGGUUUGUGGCACAUUGUGUACAUAAAAUGUGUGUAGCGUACUGGGGAGUCAGCUUCAUUAAGCCCGGGGCUACACUCUGGAUCAGUAAUGCUCUUCACCACCGAACAGUAGAAGGGUAAACACAUGGUACAUCCUUUUUCUAACCAAAAACUUGACGUAAAGCUUGAAAAUGUAUUAAGUAUAAAUCGUGCUGAAGUUCAUUGUAUACGCGCACAAUCCUGGCAAGAUUCAUUUUUUAAAUCUUUAUUACUCCAAUAAUAACCAAACACCAUGAUGCUGCAUUAUACCUAGCAUAGACAUGCGCGCGCACACACACAUACACACACAUGCAGAGAGAGAGAGAGAGAGAGAGAGAGAGAGAGAGCUCACAAUAGAUUUAAAAAGUAGGAGUAGUAUUGUGUAUUACAGCAUCACGUGGAAAGCUUCAGUUAUGAUGUAUAGUUGGAGGAAUUUGAAGACCAAACACAAUGGCCAGUAUAAUGGGAUUAGGUCCUUUAUAACUCCAGAAAUUUCUCCUGCUGGAUUAUAUACUGUUUGAAUUUUCCUUUUAUAUUGAAGUGGUUUUACUUUUUUGUUCUUUACCAGACCAAAAGACUGCCAAACCCUCUGGUGCCCUGGGAAUUACAUACAUGUUAGUUGUAUGUUCGUACUUGUGUAUGUUAUUUUUUAUUCAGUGUUGUAAUUGCAAAGUUAUAUGUAUAUAAAAUGAAUAUGCAAAUUUGCCAAUA